CAGAGAGAGAGAGAGAGAGAGAGAUCAGCGCGCAACAACGAGGCGCUGCAAACGCAACGAAGACUCAGGCCGAGGGCAACGCCCCCCCUCGGAAAAGGCAAACGCGGCGGCGGCCCAAUCCGGAGGCGCGACCGGUUCGGGUCGUCCGUCUCCUCCUUCUGUUCCUCUUCUUGGGGGCGACAAGAAGAGGAAUAUAAGAAGUGGGGGAAGGACAGCACAACGCCGGCGCCUGUGCAGGUAGCCAGGUAGGCCGCCGCCGCCGCUUGGGUGGGGUUGAUCGAUCGGGAGGCGGAGGAUGGCGAGGUUCAUCCUGAGCCUCAUGGAGCUCGGCGUCAGCGCGGCGGUGCACAUGCUCUUCGGUUUCUACGUCUUCAGCACGGCCGUCGCCGCCGACAUCUCGCAGGCGGCCGCCGCGUCCGGGUGCUUGCUGCUGCGGCGGCCAGCUCCCACUGGCUCGGGCGAGGGGGCGCUCGUCGACGUCGCCGCGGCCGGGGAGGACGACGAGAGGAGGGGCGCCGCGCCCGUCGUGCUCCACGGAUCGCCGCCGCCCAUCGUCCUCGUCCACGGCAUCUUCGGCUUCGGCAAGGGGAGGCUCGGGGGCCUCUCCUACUUCGCCGGCGCCGAGAAGAAGGACGACCGCGUGCUCGUGCCGGAUUUGGGGUCGCUCACUAGCGUCCAUGACAGGGCGCGCGAGCUAUUCUACUACCUAAAGGGAGGGCAGGUGGACUACGGCGAGGAGCAUAGCAAGGCCUGCGGCCACGCGCGGUUCGGGAGAAUCUAUCAUACAGGGCACUAUCCGGUGUGGGACGAGCAAAACCCGAUGCACUUUGUCGGGCACUCGGCCGGCGCGCAGGUUGCGAGGGUGCUGCAUCAGAUGCUUGCCGACAAGGCUUUCCCUGGUCAUGAUACUUCUGAAGACUGGGUUCUGAGCCUUACUUCCUUGUCGGGCGCGCUUAAUGGAACUACGAGAACUUACUACGACGGCAUGCUGGCUGAAGAUGGGAGGUCCAUGAAAUCUAUCUGUCUUCUUCAGCUCUGCCGGCUCGGAGUUAUUGUCUACGAUUGGCUAGACAUUCCUUGGCUGAAGAAUUACUACAAUUUUGGUUUUGACCACUAUGAGAUGUCACGGAGGAAAGUAGGCUUUUUGGGUCUUAUUGAUCUGCUGCUGGGGCACACCGGGCCAUUUGCCAGUGGAGAUUGGAUUUUACCUGACCUCACAAUCCAAGGAUGUCUAAAACUCAACUCUACACUGAGAACCUUUCCCAAUACAUUCUAUUUCAGUUAUGCUACAAAGAGAACAAGAAAGCUAUUUGGAAUUACAGUGCCGUCAAGCGUCCUUGGAAUCCAUCCAAUGCUCUUUCUCAGAGUCCUCCAGAUGUGUAUGUGGCGGCACCCUCAAAACGCUCCUCUGCCUUACAAAGGAUACAGGGAUGAAGAUUGGGAAGACAAUGAUGGAGCUUUGAACACAAUCUCCAUGACGCACCCACGCAUUCCUAGUGAGCAUCCAAACCGUUUUGUAGUGGAUGAUUCUGACUGCCAUCCUUUACAACCUGGGUUAUGGUAUUACAAGAUUAUUGAAGCUGACCACAUUCUUUUCAUUGUUAAUCGGGAAAGAGCUGGAGUGCAGUUUGAUUUGCUGUACGAUGGCAUUUUCCAGCGCUGCAGAAAGCAUGCAUUUAGGAAGAGCCCGCCUACUGUACCAAACGAAACGAGUCAAUAGCAGAUUAAACCCAAAGCAAAUAUUUCUAUGUAGUAGAGAGGAAGAAACAAGGAGGCACAGUGUUUUCUUUCGCUUCUCUUUCGCCUCUGGCCACCAUGUAGAUGUUAAUUCAAAUUUGUUAACUGUAAAUUACAUCGUCGAAUUGAUGAGCAUUGCAUACUUGACCUCUCCAGUUCUUGGAAAAGGGGUUCAUGGAGACUGGGAACUUACUCCGACCACCAUGUUAGCGCUUCACCAACCUUACAGUUCAGUGCAAAGAAGCUUUAGGAUUUGCCUUCCAGUGUUGGUUCUCCAUAAAAUGAACGUGAGACAAUGUAUCAGCGGCUGCAAUGACUUAUCCUGAAUGUGGUUAUGAUAGGUUCACAUAUGUGUUCAAAAAGUGAUUUGUACAUAUUGAGGGUUGGUUGGAUGGUGUAACAUUGUAUUAGUAUUAGGCUUUGGUGAAACGAAGUGGUUCAUGAUUCAUGAA